AUGGCGCCCACUCUCUGGGGUGAUAUUGGGCUGCCUUUUCUGGUGGAUAUACAAUAUAUAAUGGUUCAAGUCCUCGAAGUCAACAAGAAGGAGCGGCAAGGUAGGCGGUCGCACUUCAUGAUGGGGCGCUCCGGCUCUUGCUUCUGGGGACAGUGGUUUGGCGAGGUGGCCAAAAGACCUCACAUGCUUCAGUUCAACAAGUGUGGAAAGAGCGACAUAAAUGGGCAGGUCAAACCGCACAGGUUUAUGAGGCUCAUCCCAUUCACCUGUGCAGGUGAAUGGGAUGAGCUUGGUGACCGACCGGGGAGCGGUCGGACAGAAGUACAUGAAGAUCAUGAAGGCAUGUCAUACGACCAAGCCUGA